GAGAUAACUCUUAUCCACACAACAAAACCCCAAUCGGAGCUCCAACCCAACACCAACAAUGGCGACCCUGUCCCUCGCGGCGCUCCCCCUCACCUCCUCCUUCUCCAUCGUCCCCAAAGGAUCCACUCCAUCUCCAUUCUCUCUCUCCUUCCCCGCCCCCUCUUCCUCUUCUAAGUGCGGGGGACUCACCAUCCGGUGCGUUCGCGUGGGGGGAGUGGAGAUCCCCAACAAUAAGAGGGUGGAGUUCUCGCUCCAGUACAUCCACGGCAUUGGCCGGAACAGGGCGCGCCAGAUCCUGUGCGACCUCAGCUUGGAGAACAAGGUCACGAAGGAUCUCUCAGACGAUGAGCUUAUCUCACUCAGAGACGAGGUUUCCAAGUACAUGAUUGAAGGCGACCUCAAGCGGUUCAAUAGGCUGGCGAUUGAGAGGCUGAAGGAGAUUCGGUGCUAUAGGGGGAUUCGGCAUGAGAUGGGGCUUCCUUGCAGGGGGCAGAGGACGAAGAACAAUUGCCGUACAUUGAAGGGCAAGAGGGUUGCCGUCGCCGGCAAAAAGAAGGCUUCUCGUUAGGAGGGCGGGUUAGAUAACCUCUCCUAAUUUUUAUCAUUUUCAAGUAAAUUUUGGAUUGAUACUGUUCGGUGAUUUGAAUGUUGUACAUUUACUUUCUCUGUAUUUAGUUACCGACCUUUUGCGUCGGGCUACAAUUACCCUAUGAAAGUAAGAACCUGCAGAAUUUAACAUGUUGUUGAUGGCGAAUGAAUACAAGUUUAGUAGAUGUUUGGUAUUAAAAAUUUAUGUUAGAGCUAAAUACUCCGCGGAGGAAUAACUCUUCUUUC